GUGCUGCUCUUUGAGAGGAAGGGGGUGUUUCAGUAUGUGUCACAGGACAUGACAAAUAAUCUGAUUUGCUCAGCUUCUGGACGUAUGCAAUAUUUUCAUUAAGUCUCCUUAGCCCCUCCUCCUUGUAAAAUCUUUAAAUUGGAAGAAGCAGAGGGAGGAUUAGCACUGCAACAAUACCACGAAAAGAAGUGUGUGUUUAGUUUAGCCACAGCUCUCUCACGUCAGCAAAAGCAGAAAGAAGUCGAACAGAGACGUCAAAAAGACAAAAAUAUCCCCAAUAAGCAGAAGUAAAACCAGACUUUGUGAUGAACCUGUUAGUCAUCUUCUCCAUCCUUGCAGCCCUCAAUGUCAACAUGGUGUUAUCUCGACGCUAUUUUACAAACAGACAGGCAUCACUAGACUGUCAGUCUGGGAAAGGGACAAGUUACAGGGGAACGGUCUCUGAAUCAUCAUAUGGUAAUAGGUGUCUCAAAUGGAGCAACAUUCGACACUAUUGGGACGAUUCAAAUGGAGUUGGCAACCAUAAUUACUGCAGGAAUCCCAACAACAGAAGGAAGCCGUGGUGCUACGUUCAAAAAAGAAGGCAGGUCAAGAUAGAGUUCUGCGAUAUUCCCAGAUGUUCUCAGGUAACUGCAAAACCGACAACAACACCUCGCAGAGCUGUAGAUACAGAGAGAACGUGUGGCGAGCUUUCUGAGCGGAGGACGAAUAAGAUUGUGGGAGGCUCUUUCGUACCCAUCGAGUCACAACCGUGGAUCGCUGCUAUCUUUCAAAAGAGUUUCCUCUGCGGUGGUUCUCUCAUCGCGCCCGGCUGGGUUCUCACAGCUGCACACUGCUUCCUCGAUGGAAACCAGACCAGUCUCCGGCGUCUGAAGGUGUAUCUGGGAAAGUCUGACAUCAAGAACUCAGAUCGUGACAGGGAGCAAACUUUCUCUGUGGAGAAACUCAUCAUCCACCAGAAAUACAACCCGUCCAACUACGAUAAUGACAUCGCUCUACUGAAGAUCUCAAACACAAACGGACAAGGUGCAUUGAAGACAGCUUCUGUUCGGACAGUUUGCCUUCCUCCGCUCAACACUUACCUGCCUGUUGGAGUCACAUGCAGCAUUGCAGGAUAUGGGAAGGAAAACUCUGGUUCGUGGUCUUACUCUAAUCGGCUGAAACAGGCUACUGUGAGGCUGCUCUCCUCCACCAACUGCAAAGUUGAAGAGUCCUAUAGAGCUUUACUCACUGACAACAUGAUGUGCGCUGCGAGCCCUGAUUGGAGCACCGACUCCUGCAAAGGAGACUCCGGGGGCCCACUGGUGUGUCAGGCGUCGGGACGCAUGUUUCUCUUUGGGGUGGUGAGCUGGGGCGAAGGCUGCGCCAGUGAGAACAAGCCAGGUGUUUACACAAAGGUGACCCACUACAACGACUGGAUCGCAGACAAAACCGGGCUUUCUGAAUACACAAAAGGAUUGAUGUAUCCUCAAAAAUAAAACUCCAGCGCAUGUCGAGUAGUCUUCUGGCCAAUGCAUGUUUAUAAGAGGAAAAUCUGGCGUCUAUUUCAAAAUGGUACGCGUUAUUGUGCAGCAGGUUUGGCUGCACAGUAAGAGUGUCAGCCUAAAAGGAACAGUGACAGAAAGAUGAAAUUUACUUGAGCUUAGUCAAGAUUGCUUCUUGGUUGUUUUAGUUGGCUGGGAAAGUAGGACAAUGUUUGCUGUAAGGUCAAACUGCAUUUUCAACAUUAAUUUGUGUUAUAACAUUUUCCAACAUUGACACAAUACAACUGAGAAGGCCUAAUAAUUUGACCCUGUGGUUACAGUUGUGACCUGACGGUUAUAUAUACCACCACUGACUGAGCUGAAACCAGCUAAGGCUGAAAACAUUGACAAAUAAAUAAUUAUUUAUAUCGCCUGUAUUUCAAUGGCAGCUCACAAGCUUUGAUGUGUAUUUAAAUUUAUCUUUGCAUAAUUGUUUUAAAGAGUUUUAAAGAAUUUGUUUUUGUAAAUAUACAGUGAUGCAUUUUUAUAUAUGUAAGAACGAUGCAU